UUUUAUUAAUUUUUAUUCAGAUUAUCUAAAAAUUUAUUAAAGUAAUGCAGUCAAUGUUGAAGCACGAAAAACUAUUACCUACUCAAGGAUUAAAACAGGUGAAAGUUGACAAUUGGGGUACAUUCUUUUUACAACGAUUAUUACAGUUAUAUUUCAAUGAAGAAUUAUUAGAUUUGAAUAUCAAGUUUCAUUCAAGCAAUAAUGUAUUGAAGGUGCAUAGAUUAGUUGUUACUACAUGUACUGAUUAUUUUAUUCAACUUGAACGUGAACAGAAUAAGAAUAAUUCUAAUAAUGACGUUAUUAUUAUGCCAUCGGAUAUGCCUUUUGAAUGUGUUAAAUCUAUUGUAAGUUUUAUGUAUACUGGGCAACUUGAAUAUUGGAGUUCUGAGCAGAAUGCGUUAUAUCGUACAGCACAAAAAAUGAAUAUGUCAGUACUUAUAAAAUUAUUAGAUACACAGAUAACUAAUAAUAUUCUAGAAAAUAAUUCCGAACAAAAAGAUUUUAAUAAAUCAACUACUUCAGUCUCGGAAUUAAUUCCAAAUAGAAAACUGAAUACAAUUUCACCUACCCAAUCUCUUCCGGGAAAAAAAUUACCUGUUUGGAAACGAAAACUUGAUACUGAAACUACAAUGAUAGUCACUAAGCAUACAUUACCUUCAUAUAAUUCAGAAAGUGGACGAUAUUCAUUUGAAAAUAAUUGCGGUCCGUCACGUUUUGAUGUUCCAGAAAUGGAAGACUUGACACUCGGUGUUUUUUCUUCAUUUGAUGAUAUAACUUAUAAUACAAAACCUAUUGCACAAGCACCAGAAAAAACAAAUGAUGAAAAUAAAACAAAUAUUAGAUUUUCAAAUAACAAUAUAUCGACAAUGUUUUUAUCGUUUAAUGGCGAUGACAAUUGUAUAAAAUUACAAAAUCGAAGAAAUGAUAGUUCUGAUGACGAUUGGACUCAAGCUGAAUUUGAUUCAAGUUCCGAAAAUACUAAAAAUUUUCCAAUUAAAAAAGUACGAUUUAAUUUAGAUGAAAAAGAAAACGUUAAAAAAUCUGAAAACGAUUUCAUUUCAUCAAAUACUACGUCUGUGGAUUCUGUCGAUAAUCAUGCUAAAAUUAUACGUGAGGUUUUAAAAAAAUAUCCUCAUUUGGUUCAACAUAAUAAAAAUAUUCGAUUAAAAAUCAUGCAAAAAGAAUCAAAAAAUUCUGAAUGCUCUGUGCCUAGUAAAACAAAGGUUUCUUACCUUGUUUUAAAAUCGGAUUCUUUAAUGAUAAAUACUACUGAUAGGUUAAAUUCAUCUAAAAGUAUUAAUGCUUUCAAUUCCGACAAUAAUGAAACUGGUCCAUGGAAAUGUAUAAAAUGUAACUUGGAUGAAAAAUAUACAAAUUAUUUCAUGUACAGACGGCAUAUGCAAGAUGUUCAUGGAGAAAAGUUUGAUUCUCGUAUUUGCGAAUAUUGUGGAUAUAAAGCAACUAAACGAAAUAUUUUGUUGUAUCAUAUGUAUACUAAACAUAAUGUGUCUCGAAUAAAAAAUACAUCAUUUCCGAAAUGUCAAGAAUGUUCAUAUAUUGCACUAUCUGAGUCCCUUCUAAUAAAACAUCAAAUUAGUCACAAACAUCGACCAACAACACUAAGUUUACAAAAAUUUACUACUGAAUCAAUAAAAUGCGUGCAAUGUGAAAAAGAUUUCACUGAUGUAACAGAAUUAGCAUUACAUGAAAUAACUAGUGGCCACGGAACUUCCUUAAAGAAUAAAAAAAAAAAACAUUACUGUACGUAUUGUGGUAAACAAUUUUUAAAAAUAAAUAACUUAAAAAUUCAUAUCGAUUGUCAACAUAAAAAUAUACAAAAAAUUGAAGAUUGUUCGAAUAUACCAACUCUUUCAGAACCAUCAUCUGAAGCCGAAUCUCUUAGUAAUGUAGCUAGUGGUAUAGCAACUUCACUCGGUGUUGGAGAUGUUUUACAAUCAACCGAUGCUAAUGAAAAACAAUUUGAAAAAUCACAAAUAAAUUCCACAUAUAUUAAAAACUUUGAAUUUGAAGAUCAACAUAUGGUUAUGUUAAUAAACGAUGAAAAUUAUCAGGGACAGAGUUUUAAAAAUGAAUAUCCUCUAAAUAUUUCAACAAAUGAUGAAAUCGUCGUUAGAAAUCCUGAUGGAGAGUUAGUUGUUUAUAUACAAAAUACUAGUAACAUUGAAUCUUCCCGGAAAUUGAAAACAAAUGCUACACAUGAAAAUUAUAAGUAUUUGAAAAAUAAUGAUGAAAUUGUUGAAGUUGUAGAGGAAUUAGAAGAUAUAGAAGAUGUAAAACAAGAAUUAGAGUAUAAGAAAAUUAAAACAACUCAUGUUUUUAAUAAAGAGGAAAAACAAUUAUGUUGUGUUGAGCAUAUUUUAACUUCUGAAAGUAUAAAAACUAAUUCAAUUGCAACAGAAGAAGUAAUUCAAUACGUUGAAGAAGAAACAGAAAUUUUGGAAUAUGAGACUUCUACUAAUAUUUGAAAAAAAAUUAAUUUAUCUAGAAUAUUAAAUAUUUAAAUGGUAAAUUAGAAGAA